CAGUAGAUUGAGUCAACUUAUUUAUCGGUAACAAACAAUUUGGACAAUUUCUACAAAUUUAAAGGUUAAAUUAUAGCGAGUUAGAUUGUAAGGACAUAAAUAUUCUUUACUCAAGAGUUCAAGGAUCUAUAUGUACAUGCCUAUAAAUAUUGUCCAUUCCCUGUUACAAUUAUGUGCCAAAAGAAGAAUACCCAUGAAUGCAAAGUCUUGCCAUGCACAAGUGCUGUUGCAUUUUGGUGUUAAUGCAGAGACUCUAACAUCAAAUAUGCUCAUCAAUGUCUACUCAAAAUGCGGCCUAAUGGACUAUGCUCGUAGAGUGUUUGAUAAAAUGCCUGAACGAUGCUUGGUUUCAUGGAAUACCAUGAUUGCUACGUAUACUCGAAACGGGGAGGAAGACAAAGCUCUUAGGCUUUUCGUGGAAAUGCGAAGCGAAGGAAACUCUAUGAUGAGUGAAUUCACGGUGUCAAGUGUUAUUUGCGCGUCUGCUGCGAAAUGCGAUACUUUUGUGUGUAAGCAGUUGCAUGCAUUUGCUCUGAAGGCUGCAAUGGAUGCAAAUGUCUUUGUGGGUACUGCAUUGGUUGAUGUUUAUGCUAAAAGUGGACUGAUAGUAUGCGCGACUCGUGUUUUUGAAGGGAUGCAAGAGAGGAGCGCUGUUACGUGGAGUUGUAUGGUUGCAGGGUAUGUGCAAAAUGAGCUUUAUGAGGAGGCUCUGUUUGUUUUUAACAGAGCUCGAGCAACUGGCCUUGAAUGUAACCAGUUUACAAUGUCUUCUGUUUCUUGUGCUUGUGCAGGAUUAGCAGCUUCCAUUGAAGGGAGACAGGUGCACGCUGUUGUCUAUAAAACUGGAUUCGGUUUGAGUGUUUAUGUGGCUGCGUCUCUUGUUGACUUGUAUGCUAAAUGUGGUAGUGUUAAAGAGGCUUAUGUUGCUUUUUCGGAUGCUCAAGCGAAGAACAUUGUUUUAUGGAAUGUGAUGAUUUCUGGAUUUGCUAAGCAUGCUCAUUCUUUAGAAGUAAUGAUUCUAUUUGAGAAAAUGCAGCAGACAGGUAUAUGCCCAGAUGAAAUAACAUAUGUUUCCGUAUUAACGGCUUGCAGUCACAUGGGUCUCGUUGACAGGGGACAAAACUAUUUCAAUCUUAUGUCUAGAGAGCAUAAUGUAUUGCCAAAUGUUCUUCACUAUUCGUGCAUGGUUGAUAUUCUUGCUAGAGCAGGGAAAAUGCAUGAAGCCCAUGAGUUGAUAAACGAUAUGCCAUUUGGUGCUACUGCGCCGAUGUGGGGAUCAAUUUUAGCAUCUUGCAGGGUUCAUGGAAAUCUUGAACUAGCUGAGAUUGCAGCUAAGAACUUGUUUGAGAUUGAACCGGAUAAUGCAGGGAACUACGUUUUAUUGGCAAAUGCAUACGGCGCCAAUAAAAAGUGGAAGGAUGCAGCAAAAGCAAGGAAGAUUCUCAAAGAAAUUAAGGUAAAGAAAGAGACAGGAAAGAGUUGGAUUGAAGUUAAGAAAAAAGUUCACACGUUCAUUGUAGGAGAGACGAGGCAUCCGAGAAUUGCUGAUAUUUAUACGGAGUUAGAUACGUUGCUGGAAGAGAUGAAGAAACUUGGUUAUAAGGCGGACACAAGCUAUGAUCUCCAUGAUGUGGAUGAGAAUAGAAAACAAGAACUUCUGAGACACCAUAGUGAGAAGCUGGCACUUACUUAUGGUCUAAUGUGCUUGCCUCCCGGGGCAUCUAUCCGAAUUAUGAAGAAUCUACGAAUCUGUGGGGAUUGCCACUCCUUUAUGAAGCUUGCAUCUGCCGUUUCUCGGAGGGAAAUUAUUGUCAGAGAUGUAAACAGAUUUCAUCAUUUUAAGGAUGGAUAUUGUUCUUGUAGGGAGUUCUGGUAACAUUUGUGAAAUGCAUUAGGACACAACCAGUUCUGUUACUAAUGGAAAAUGAAAGUGGGAUCAUACUGUAGUAACACACAAUCACCAAAGCAAUCGAAAUGUAAGUUAAACCUUUAUAUUAUUUUUCCUUGAUCAAUAUAUGUUGUUAAUACUCA